UAAGUGUGUGCAUGUGUGUAACAUGACUUAGUCAAUUUAUACCAUUGAAAGUGCAUGGGAAUAAAGCGAAAAAAACGAAAAAAUAUAGAUAAUAAUUGACUAGUAUUAGUUGAGCCGGUAAAAUUAUCCAACGAUUUCUCUAAAACCGUUUUAUUUGAGUACCAAAAGGAAAAUGCCCCAAUACACAGUUAAAGUCAAAUGGGGAAAGGAGUUAUUUCCAAACGUAGAGGUGAAUACCGAUGAGGAGCCAAUGCUGUUCAAAGCUCAACUAUUUGCACUGACUGGAGUACAGCCUGAGAGACAAAAAGUUAUGCUAAAGGGUAUGACACUGAAGGACGAGGAUUGGGGGAAUAUCAAAUUGAAAGAUGGAGUAACAGUAUUGAUGAUGGGCUCUAAGGAGGAGGACAUGCCAGCUGAGCCAAUCGAGAAGCCCAUAUUUGUAGAGGAUAUGAAUGAGGCGGAAAUUGCAACUGCACUGGACUUGCCUGCUGGUUUAACGAAUCUAGGCAAUACUUGCUAUUUAAAUGCCACUGUGCAGUGUCUUAAAACAGUUCCACCACUUCGUGAGGCGUUGAAAAAUUUUCCCGGGGGAUUUGCCUCAGUUGGAGGCAUUUCUCUUCCAUCACUAGGACCAGCCCAAUGUAUAACAGCAUCCCUCAGGAAUCUUUAUGAGGCCAUGGAUAAGGGAGCAUCACUUCGACCUAUUGUUCUUGUGCAAAUGAUGCAUUUAGCAUUUCCAAGAUUUGCUGAGAAAUCAGAGCAUGGGGGUUUUCAACAGCAAGAUGCCAAUGAAUGCUGGACUGAACUUGUGAGAAUGUUGCAGCAGAAAUUACCCGCUGAGGCUAAUCCAAAUGCCGGAGAGAAUGCUCCCAAACCAUCAUCUAUUAUUGAACAAUACUUUGGAGGGACAUUUGAUACAGAAUUAAAAUGUGUUGAAACUGAGGAUGAGGAGCCAACAAAAGGAAAAGAGGAUUUUUUGCAAUUGAGCUGUUUUAUAUCCAACGAUCUGAAGUACAUGCAUUCAGGCUUAAAGAAUAAAUUGCAAGAGCAGCUCACGAAAAUGUCAUCGACACUUGGAAGGGACGCUGUUUAUACAAAAACGUCCAAAAUUAGUAGAUUGCCAGCUUACCUCACUAUUCAAUUCGUUCGUUUCUUUUAUAAAGAAAACCGAGCAACAAAUGCCAAGAUAUUGAAAGAUGUUAAAUUUCCAAUGGAAUUUGAUGCAUACGAUCUUUGCACUCCAGAACUACAGGCUAAAUUACUGCCAAUGCGUGAAAAAUUUAAGGCACUUGAGGAUAAGAAAGUGGAAGAGGCACAGCGUAUGAGAGACAAAAAGGAAAAAGGACAAAAUGAACCGGAGGAAAAUAUGAAGACGGAAUCUUUCUGUUUUCCUGAGGAUUUGGGCUCGAAUAACAGUGGUUAUUACAGACUCCAAGCUGUACUUACCCAUAGAGGCCGUUCCAGCAACAGCGGUCAUUAUGUCGCAUGGGUGCGUCAAAAAGGUAACUCAUGGAUUAAAUGCGACGACGAGACUGUCAGUGUGGUAAGCAACGAGGAAAUAUUAAAACUCAGUGGAGGUGGUGAGUGGCAUUGCGCUUACGUUCUUCUAUAUGGACCGAAAAUUCUUGAAGUGCCAAUUGAGACUGAGGAAGGCAGCAAGGCAGAAUAACUCAAAAGGGAACCAAUGAUAUACCGUUGAUAAAUUGAAAUUCAUAACGAACCGCUGGAGAAAAAGACAAAAAAACGGUUCGUGCAUACCGAUCAUUCACCUAAUAUUACAACUGAACUGGUUGGGAUAAUUUCAUUCAUUCAUUGAGUGCAGAACGACGAAACGAUGUUCUCGCAAUUUCAGAGGCUGUCUGAGCGCGGUAAUAAUGAGGCGAAUCGACUAAUAAUUCACAAUUUAUUAUCAUUAUUUUUCAAUAAAUCGAUUUUGUUAAUCGAUGUGUUCCUUUGUAAUACUAAAGAAAUGAAAAAUGACAAGAAAA